AUGGAAUGCCAUGACCCCUCACGCGUUCCUAAAUACAUGAAAUACCUGGAGGAACAGAGGGAAAUCCUAAAGUAUGCCAAAUCUCGCAGGGGCCAGCCAGUCGAACUGACAAAGUCCCGCGACGAGAUAAUAAACCAGUUUAUUUAUCGCUACUUGACGGAGACUACUACACCGGUGGACAAGAAUGCGAUUCGCACCUCAUUUAUCCCUCCUGCAUACCCACCCUCUAUUGCGGCUCUGGGAGAUUUGAAGAAGAUUCUCAUCAAGGAUCUCACCAUCGAGACUCAUCAUCGCGGCUGUUACAUCCUCUUGAGAGCAGUCACUCCUUCGUUUAGGAAGACAGGAAUUGUGACCGUUGUGGAAGAUGAGGGAGGAGACGUUCUUGCAUUGCAGCUGUAUAACCAGGAUAGGGAUCUCGUAACAGAUGGGCGGCUUGUCGAUGGAAUUAUCAUGCUUGUAAAGGAGCCUUAUCUGAAAGUCAUGGGCGAUGGAGAUUGUGGACUGCGGGUCGACCAUCUUUCUGAUUUCAAGUUCAUCCUGGAGGAUGACUCCUUGGUGCCCUCAAUCUGGAGAGAUGAGUCAGAAAAUGGUUUCUCUGCUAACUCCUGGAAAACAACGGGCAAUGAUCUCUACAAUGAGAAGGACUAUCAUCUUGCUAUAAACUGUUAUUCCAAGGCUCUGAAUUGUUCCACAACUCCCCAGGAAGAGCUUACCGUAAGGCUUAAUCGUGCUCAGGCAUUCCUCAAAACCCAUCAGUUCGACGCGGCCCUGCGCGAUGUCGAGCACAUCCUAUCCAAGGAUAGAUCUGCUGAGAAAGCAUUGUUCCGUAAAGCUCAGGCCCUUUACUAUCUUCAGAGAUUUCGAGAGUGCUGUGAUGUUUACGUAGAUCUUUGCAAGGCCUAUCCAAACAAUGCCACCGCUAAAAGCGAGUUUGCACGGGCUGCAGCGCGACUCACAGAGCAGCAGACUGGCAAGUAUCCAUUCAAAGAAAUGCAGGAGGCAACAAAACUCAAACCCCCACAUUUGGACCACGCAACGUAUGUUGGCCCUGUUGAGGUGAGGCCCUCUACCCAUGGACGUGGUUUGUUUACAACACAGGCGGUCCGUGCCGGUGACCUACUUCUUUGUGAAAAGGCCUUUGCGUAUGCUUUCCAUGAAGAGGGUGAUAUGACCAACGUUUCAAUAUUGGUGUACGCCGAUACAGACAGUAUGAAAGUAGGUACCCAAGCCGAACUGAAUAGUCUCAUCGUACGAAAGCUGCACAACAACCCAUCGUUCAUUCCGACAUUUAAUGAUCUGUACCAUGGCUCAUAUACUUCUGUGGGUGUCUCUGAGGUGGACGGUUCACCCGUCGUUGAUACUUAUCUGGCUGAGCGAGUAAUGUCACUUAAUGGUUUUGGCUGCUCAGUCACCUCACGUACAGCCCACAUAUGCAGAAUUAAUGCAGACAAUGGGGAUCUUGACACCGAUAAUGAACGAUUUGAUUCCAGUGGAAUCUGGCGUCUCGCAUCUUACGUAAAUCACUGCUGUUAUCCGAACUCAUACCGUGCAUUCAUCGGAGAUAUGAUGGUACUUCGCGCUACACAGGAUCUUCCCGCAAACACAGAGCUCAAAUUCUUUUAUCGAACACCCGUGGAUGACGGUACAGCAGAAAACGUAUAUCAGCAAUAUUGGGGAUUCGAGUGUGACUGCGCUAUUUGUCAUGAUGUGCGCGAAACAGGGGAAGCUGGUUUGGCGAAGCGACGAGAACUCAUGGCUGCUUCGGACUCGUCCAUGAAUUACAUAGCUAACGCCUACAAAUCCUCGUUCAGUCUUCAAGAGCAGACUGCUGCAAUCACCAUGACAGAAGCCGCUAUUGCUAUGAUUGAGCAAACGUAUCGGCGAUCACCUUUGGAAGUGCCUCGUCUUGGGACCUGUAAAACAGGACUGUUUUUGGCAGAAGUGCAUGCUACCCAUGGUCGUUGGCGGAAAGCUAUUGGAUAUGCUAUCAGAACGCUGGAAUCCCUCGGCUACGUGAUUGAAGGCUGGCAAACUCCGUAUAAAAAAGGUAGGCAGUUGCGUGUCACGCAAUGGGGACUGGCAAUGGACGUGCUUGUUCGGUGUUGGAUGAUCCUUUGCUGCACUUAUGGCGAGGUGGCACCUGAGCUUGCUGACCACGCUGAAUAUUACGCUAGAAUGACGUACAAAAUAUGCAUUGGUGAGGACGAGACAUUUGGGGAUACCUAUAAUCGGUACUGCGGCCGAGUCGAUGGAAUGGUCGUGCACAGCAGUUGA